CAAAUACCGCAUACACUGCAGAGAAGAAUUCACUUCUUUGAACAGGUGGAAACUCAGAACUAACCACCAUGGCUACAGCUAUAGAUGUCUCUCACCACCUUCAGUGUCCCAUCUGUAAGAACCUGUUUGAAGAUCCGGUCAGUACAGUCUGUGGACACAGCUUUUGCCAGCGCUGUCUGGACAAGCACAUAAGCAUGAGUGAUGAACAAUGCCCUCUGUGUCGGGAGCCCGUGUACAUCAAACCCAGCGUGAACUGUUCUCUCAAAACCCUUCUGCGAGAGUUUCUCCAGGUGCAGAUGGCCGACCUGAGUCUCUACACGGGGGAGAGAGGUGAGAUCCCCUGCAACGUCUGUGAGGAAAACCAGACGUCAAGAGCUGUGAAGUCCUGCUUGACCUGUUUGCUCUCGUACUGUGAGCGGCAUCUGAAGCGCCAUCAGUCUGUGGAGAUGUACAGGGGUCAUAAACUGGUAAGUCCGGUGGAGAGACUGGACGAGAAAGCGUGUCGUGUCCAUGGCAGACCUCUGGAGCUCUACUGCAAACGGGAAAAGCGUUUGAUCUGCACCUUUUGUGUGAAGACUGGGGAAGAUGUUGUAUCUAUGGAGACAGAGAGAGAGAGGAGAGAGGCUGAACAGCAAAAUACUAUUAAAGAAUUGGAAAGCAUGACAAACCAGAGUGAAAACAAACUUGAGGAUCUUCAAAACACUGUCACAAAAUACCAGGCUCAGAUAGACAGAGAGCAGAGGGAGAUAAAGGAGGUGUUUGCUGAAGUGAUGGAUGUUGUGAGGAGAGCUGAGGAGGAGCUGCUCAUUCCUCUUGAGGAUGGAAGAAGAUGUCUUGACAAGGAGAUGGCAGAAAAAACCCAGCAUAUACAAAAGGAAAUCCUCAAGUAUAGAGAAAUCAUCGAUCACUUGAACCAAAAUAAGGAAGAGGAAGAUGACAUCGUCUUUCUCCAGUCGUACCCAUCUGUACCUGCUGAAUUCAAAGAUGAUUGGACAGUUUCUAUUGACACUGAACUGAAGUUUGGCUCCAUGAGAAAUAUAAACUUAUCCGUUGUGGCUUCCAUUAGGACUCAGCUAGAGAAUCUUUGCUCUUUUGAAAUUAGAAGAAUUCAGAGGUUUUCAGUGGAUGUCAUUCUGGAUGAAGAAACCGCACAUCCGAGUCUGGAAGUGUCUCCGGAUGGCAAAACCGUGACAGAAAAGGGGAAAGUUCACGACAGCCCAGGCGACCCUGGACAAUUCAAUCUGGUGGGUGGAAUCUUGGGAAAGCUUCAGAUUACAUCCGGAAGAGCAUUCUGGGUAGUUGAGGUGGGGGAGAAAACUAGUUGGGAACUGGGUGUAUUGAGAGAAAAUGCAAAUAGGAAAGGGAAAGUCUCAUACAAGCCCAAAGAAGGAUACUGGGCCAUCGUGCUCUGCGGUUCAAACCUGUAUGGAGCUUUUGAAGAUCCUCCUCUUCAGCUUCAUCUCUCCACCAAACCCCAGAAGGUGGGAGUGUUUGUCGACUAUGAGGUUGCCUUCGUCUCCUUCUAUAAUAUGGACAAUCUGUCACAUAUUUACACUUUUACUCAGUGCGAAUUUAAUGAAACCCUCCGUCCGUAUUUUAACCCUCUUCCCAACAAAGAUGGUAACAAUUCUCAUCCAAUGACCAUAUGCUCUGUCAACCCAGAUGACAUCCUUAUUUAGGAGCUGUACAUUCUUUGAACUACUAACAAUAUUUCUCCUAAAUUUCAAAAUAAAUAUGGUUUAUUUUUCCACUUAUUUUUAGAAAAUCAAAAUUGGAGAAACAGGUCAAAACAACAGCAAAUAUGCUUAGUAUUUUUUCACGAAAACAACAUAAUAUUCACUUUUAAGUAAUGCAGCAAUAAUAUUUGUACAUGCAUUUAGGAAACAUAAAAAAAAUUGAUAACAAUUUUCAUGUCUCUUGUCAUGCUCAGUCUUUCACAUUUGCUGUUGGAUGACUUUGUCACUCCUGAGGUUUGAUUUUGAAGUUUGAAAUUCAACAGACACUGGACAGCCACAAGACUUCUUUUAUAAUUAAAAUUUGGAGUGGUCUCUUCCUUUUUUUCUAUGGCUGUGUAUGUAUACCUAUAUAUAUGAUAUAUACGCCAAUUAUUUAGUGAGUGGGGUACUAUCAUUUUUGUUUAAGCAUUUUUUAUUUAUUUAUUCUAAAUCCUUUAUGAAAACAAUUAAGAAAAUUACAUAUUUGUAGUUUAUCAAAUAUUUGCACCAAGUGGUUGACUGUAUUGAGUGGGUGACAGAAUAGUAUAGGGUUUUAAAAUUACUAGAAUGAUGUGAAAUCUGCACUGCAAAUCAGGGUUUAAAUCAUUAAAACAUUUUAUACUGACAUUUAUUAUAAAUAUAUGAAAAAAUGUGAACAACUAAAACCACACAUUUGAAACCUUAUUAACAGAUUUUGUUACUGCAUGGUUCUUUUUUACCUUUGCAUGUUACGCCCAUUGUGUGUAUAAGAAUUACUGGAAAAGUGAGAAGUUUAAGGUAAAAAUGUGAUUAUUACUGAACGGAACCCAAUGUUGGUAUUUUUAAUAAACUAUAUAUUACUUCAA